GAGGGAGAAGGAGGGAAGUCUGUCGUUCUCCUAGCACGCCCUCCCGCCCGCACCUGGGGAACCGAGGAACUAGAAGGGGAGCAGCUCCGGUAGCGUUGUUUUGGGCUCCGUGAGCCGAAGUAGGAGGGGAGGAGAAAGGAGAAACAAACAAUACGUAUCGGGGACUGUGCGCGGCCUCUACUGCCUGCGUGCGUGCGCUCGCUCGCGCGGGCUUAGGGCUGGCGCGUGAGGCGGAGGCGGGCGGCGGCGGCGGCGGCGCCUGCGCGGUCGGGCUCGGUCGACGGUUCGCAGGGGAGGAGGCGGCGGGAGGCGGAGGAGGCGGCGGCGGCGAUGGAGGUGAAGCGGCUGAAAGUGACCGAGCUGCGGUCGGAGCUGCAGCGGCGGGGCUUGGACUCGCGCGGCCUCAAAGUGGAUCUGGCGCAGCGGCUGCAGGAGGCGCUGGACGCCGAGAUGCUCGAGGACGAGGCCGGUGGUGGCGGGGCCGGGCCCGGCGGGGCCUGCAAGGCGGAGCCUCGGCCUGUGGCCGCGUCGGGCGGCGGUCCGGGCGGGGACGAGGAGGACGACGAGGAGGAGGAGGAGGAGGACGAGGAGGCGCUGCUUGAGGACGAGGACGAAGAGCCACCUCCCUCUCAGGCGUCAGGCCAGGCCGCGCAGCCGCCACCGGAGCCCCCGGAGGCGGCAGCCAUGGAGGCCUUGGCCGAGCCCAAUACUUCUGAGAAGGCAGCGGAGGCCACGGCCGGGUCAGGUGGGGUAAAUGGAGGCGAAGAACAGGGCACUGGCAAGGGAGAGGAAGACGAGCCCGAGGAGCGGAGCGGCGACGAAGCGCCGGGUGACAAGGCCGCAGAGGAACAGGGAGAUGACCAAGAUAGUGAAAAGUCAAAACCUACAGGCUCAGAUGGUGAGCGGCGGGGGGUAAAGAGACAGCGGGAUGAGAAGGACGAACAUGGCCGAGCUUACUAUGAAUUCCGGGAGGAGGCUUACCACAGCCGCUCAAAGUCACCACCACCCCCAGAAGAAGAGGCAAAAGAUGAGGAGGAAGAUCAAACUCUUGUGAACCUGGAUACAUAUACCUCGGAUCUCCACUUUCAAGUGAGCAAAGACCGCUAUGGAGGGCAGCCACUUUUCUCAGAGAAGUUCCCCACCCUUUGGUCUGGGGCAAGGAGUACUUAUGGAGUGACAAAGGGAAAAGUCUGCUUUGAGGCAAAGGUAACCCAGAAUCUCCCAAUGAAAGAAGGCUGCACAGAAGUUUCUCUCCUUCGAGUUGGGUGGUCUAUUGAUUUUUCCCAUCCACAGCUUGGUGAGGAUGAAUUCUCUUAUGGUUUCGACGGACGAGGACUGAAAGCAGAGAGUGGACAGUUUGAAGAAUUUGGCCAGAGUUUUGGGGAGAGUGAUGUCAUUGGCUGCUUUGCUAAUUUUGAGAAUGAAGAAGUAGAACUUUCCUUCUCAAAAAAUGGAGAAGACCUAGGUGUGGCAUUCCGAAUCAACAAGGAAUCCCUGGCAGACCGGGCCCUUCUACCCCAUGUCCUCUGCAAAAAUUGUGUUGUAGAAUUAAAUUUUGGCCAGAAAGAAGAGCCCUUCUUCCCACCACCAGAAGAGUUUGUGUUCAUCCAUGCUGUGCCUGUUGAGGAUCGUGUGCGCACUGCAGUCCCUCCCAAGACCAUAGAGGAGUGUGAGGUGAUUCUGAUGGUGGGACUGCCUGGAUCUGGAAAGACUCAGUGGGCACUGAAAUAUGCAAGAGAAAACCCUGAGAAAAGAUACAAUAUCCUGGGAGCUGAGACUGUGCUCAAUCAAAUGAGGAUGAAGGGGCUUGAAGAGCCAGAGAUGGACCCCAAAAGUCGAGACCUUUUAGUUCAGCAAGCCUCCCAGUGCCUUAGUAAGCUGGUCCAGAUUGCUUCCCGAACAAAGAGGAACUUCAUUCUUGAUCAGUGUAAUGUGUACAACUCUGGUCAGCGGCGGAAGUUGUUGCUGUUUAAGACCUUCACUCGGAAAGUGGUGGUAGUUGUUCCUAAUGAGGAAGAUUGGAAGAAAAGGCUGGAGUUGAGAAAGGAAGUGGAAGGAGAUGAUGUGCCUGAAUCUAUAAUGCUGGAGAUGAAAGCCAACUUCUCUUUACCUGAAAAAUGCGACUAUAUGGAUGAGGUGACAUAUGGGGAGCUAGAGAAGGAGGAAGCCCAGCCCAUUGUCACCAAAUACAAGGAGGAGGCAAGGAAGCUGCUGCCCCCCUCUGAGAAGCGGACAAACCGCCGAAAUAACCGAAACAAGCGUAACCGGCAGAACCGAAGCCGAGGCCAAGGCUAUGUGGGCGGGCAGCGCCGAGGCUACGACAACCGGGCCUACGGGCAGCAGUACUGGGGGCAGUCUGGAAACAGAGGGGGUUACCGUAAUUUCUAUGAUCGAUAUAGGGGAGAUUAUGAUCGAUUCUACGGGCGAGAUUAUGAGUACAACAGAUAUGGAGAUGACUAUUACAGACGAUACAGCCGGGAUUGGCAGAGUUACUACUACCACCACCCCCAGGACAGAGACCGAUACUACUACAGGAACUUCUACGGUUACCAAGGGUAUCGGUGAAGCCCUGCCAUUGUCACCUGUCAGCCAUGAAGCUGAAUUUCUGGGGGUGCCAAGCACCCCCCCAAAACACAACCAAGGAAAACAGGGGCUGUCGGGGUGGGGCUGAGCUGCCGGGGAGGGGCGGUGGGGGGGUGCGCAAGCAGGGGUGGGGGAGGGGGGAGGUGGAAACAAAGAACAAAAACUGUACAUUUUUUUUAAAGUUUGUUGAAAAGAAUAUUGUCUUAUUCUAUAAAACAUUUCAAACCUAGUUAGAUAUUUGUAAUCAAAAAACAUUUGUUCAGAAAGCAGCACUUAGGGCUGCCUGUUCUGUACCCUGCAGUCGGACAGUUAACUGAAAAAUGGCGCCCUUCUGACAUUCUAAGGCAGCUAGACUGGCAGCCGAGUAAGGGAGAGUGGUGAGGUGGUGCGGGGAGGCUGGGGAAGCAAUGUGAGGAUUGUUCUCCAGAGCAGGUAGGAGCAGGCAGGAGUGGGACAGAAGGGGAGCUUGUGACUGGGGCAGUGAAAAUAAACGAUUGGCUCUUAUCAAUCACUUGCACCACUAACCGUUUGUAUUUUCUUUACUGACCUUUCCCUCUUGGGAUAUCUGGUCUGGUGGGCUGGGAAGCCAAAAUAUCCCAAUCUUUACUUUCCCGUGCCUUUGUGCUAUUUGGCUGAGGCAUGGAGACUGCAGUUGGUGGUUCCCUUAUAUAGGAUUCCCAGGCCAAAGAGGCCUGGGGACUAUUCUCAAUUGCAGAGCAGAAUAGCUGCCACCUUCUAUAUACCCACUGCUGAAGUCCCAUAAAAUCUUGGAGAGAAUGGGAGCACAGCCCUCAGCCUGAAGAUUCUGAUUUGCCAGUCUCUAGUCUUUGUCUUCCAAGGUUGCGAGAUGCAAGAGGUCUCUGAAAUCUUCUGUGAGAGUGUCCUCUUACAUUGUAAGAGAAGGAACGUUUCUCAGGGUUUCAGCUCACACAGAAAUGAAGCAGGAUUCUUUUCACUGCAGCAGGAUAUGUAUAUAGGUGAAUCCUGUGGUGUGGGCUUUCAGGCCCAGGUGCUGAGAAUAGCAACUAUUUUGUACAGUGUGGAGGGCUCAUGCCCUGGUGGAUUUUUUGAUACACAGGUAGAGAAUAAAUAAUAAAAGGGAGUGGGGAUGGGAGGCAGCUCAGUGGGGCUGCUGAGACUUGGGAAGAGUGUGAGUGUGAACAUGUGUGCGUGAAAGCACUCGCCCUUCCCAACUUGAAACAAGAUUCCUUCUGGGUUGCUUUCCUUGCAUGUCCCCAGAGAGGCCUCUAGCAGAGAGACUCCAGUUGGGAUAGUAGUUUUGUCAACUUUACCUACACCUUCCCAGUUCUUGACAAAUAACUAGAGGUUGUUGGGUUCAAGAAUAUGGGUGGAAUGUGGGAAUGCCAUUUCAAUGUUUAGCUUCAGUUUUAAUUCAUCUUUCUCUUCAGCACUGUGUCAACCAAGAGCUUUCUCAGCAAGCACCACAUAUUGCAGCACUUUGUAGUGAGAGAAAACUCUGGGUCAUACUAUUAAAUGCUUCACUUCCAUUUCCUCACCUGGACAGUUCUCUGUUUAAAAUUUUGUGCUGAGAGUUGAUCUUUCCCUCUCACAAUGUUACUGCAAUACAGCCCUUCUUCAGAUGUGCAGAUCCUUAAUCUGGCCCUCUAGUUGUCCCCGUCUGUCAUAAUGUACCCUUUUGCUCAAGUAUCUCUCACCCCAAGGCUGGAACAGGGGGCUGGUGGGAGAUAAGUUUGCUUGCUCAUAAUGAUGUCCUUUCUCUGGGUACUUACUUCCCCCUGGUGCUUUCAGAUGGAUUUGUGUGUGGCAGUGGGUGAAGUGAUUGCAUGAAAUUUUCUGUAACCCACUAACUUUGUAUUAUUAAAAGCUUGAGAAAGUUUUGCUUUUAGUGUCAGGGCAAGGAAAAAAACUGUAGCCCAAAGAAAUACCCUUAGGGUAAGAUUAUGUUACAAUAGAAAAUUGAAUUUCCUGGGGCAGAGGCUGCCUCCCCAUUUUGGAUGUUUAGGCCUCUAGUGAAAAAUAUCUUUUUAUGGUCCCUGAGGUGGAUACGGAUGCUAGGGCUCUCCAGUGGGUGUAGAGGUGGGGAACAAAGUUUAAACCACUGUAGCUUUUUUUGUGUUUUUUUUUUUUAAGUGGGGGAACAGAGAGGGAAGGUACUCAUUGUUGAUAUUUGUUACUAGAAAGUCUUUUAAGAAAGCUGGUUUUCUUGGUGAAUGGAGAAUGAAACUGCCACAUCCUUGUUGGUUUAGUCCCAGAGAUCACUCACAGCAACACUAGACGUCUGGUUUUGUUUCUGUUUGUCUUUUUAUUAUGAAAAAACUAUGUCAAGGGGGGAAAUGUGGGUUAUGAUAACCAGAGAAAUCCUUAGCCUUGUUUUCCUUAGAAGACUUGUUCAGUGUUUUAUCAGAUGUCUGUUGUAGUUGUAGAUGGAAAAGCUUGUGGUAAAAACAAACACCACAUGGAACCUGUAAAUGUUUUUGCACAGCCUGUAAAGCAUUCUUGGAAGUGGCCAGUAAAGAAGGGUUUUACCAUUUAAAAAGAAAAAUGUAACCGUGUCAUUGUUUACAUCUGUAACUUUUUCCUCCCCUGUUCUCAUCAACAUUAUGGCAAAAAUGUAGGCACAGUAGCUUCCAGUUUUAGAAUAAAUAACCAUUUGAAUUGAAUUCA